AUGGCGCAAUGGUCCAGCACGGCACGACACCAGUCGUGGCACGCGUCGCACGGCCAGGGAUGGGGCUCGCAGUCUUCAUCAUGGUGGCAGUGCAACUUCUGCUCGUGGUGGAAUACCGCGGACAAGAAGAAGUGUGCGCAGUGCGGGUGCAAGAAGACCUGGGCGCAGGUUGCAACCGGGCACGUGAACGUGAAGAACGGCCACAUCGACCACCCAGUGAGGAACGAGAUCAGCACGCUCUCGGGCCAGGUGGCGAAUAUGUCGUCUCAGCAGUCGCUCCUCCCUCAGUCGCAGCCGGGAGCGGACAAUGCCGAGGUGAAGCAGGUGGAUGCGGCACUUGCCAACCUCCCGCCGGGGCCAGAGUACGCCUCAGCGAGAGCAGAGCUGACGAAGGCCGCGCAGGCGGCCCGAAUGAAGAUUGUGAAGUCAAAGCCGCUCGGCGCCCAGCUGGACUCGUGCAAGGGCGCGUUGGACAGGCGCACGAAGCGCAUCUCCGAGAUCGACGCGAUGGCGGACAAGCUCCAGCUGGCCCGUGCGACGGCGACGCAGGAGCAGGAGAGGCUCCAGGCCGAGUUGGCGGAGCUGCAGAAGAAUGCAGCGCAGCAGCCAAGCCAGCCGAACUCCAUAGAGGCAAUGACGUCGGUCCUCGACGACGUCCUGAAGGAGAUGUCGGUAGGCUUCGUGGACCCACAACACGUGGCGCAAGCGAAGGGCCUGAUGCAGCAGCUCGUCACCGGCAUCCAGUCCAUAGCAGCGCAGGCACAGCAGACAGCCUCAGUAGCAGCAGUGACGGUGCCCGCCGUUCAUCAGCCGGUUCCGGUCGACACCUCUGGGGACAUCGAGCUGGAGGUGCCGCCGCUGCCUGGGAUGGGGUCUGUCACAGAUCCCGCCAUGGAGGUAGGACGCAAGCCUUUCAAGAGCAAGACCCCCCCCCAUGCCACCGCGUACGGGCCAGUUUUUCCAGCCCCUGGAGCGGUGGCCCUGAGAAGGCUCAUGCUCAUGAAGCCGGGGGUGGAGCCGACCGCCCGGGAAGAUCACAGGUUGCUCGUGGCAGAGUUUGGGGUUCCCCAGGGCUGCCAUGACAGCCCGGCGGAGAAAACCAAAGGCCCCGGGAAGUUCCGCUUCAAUCAGUUGGAGUUGAGGAACGGAUGGGCCGCUGAGCGAUUCAAGCGUUACGUGUGGGAUUUCUCACCCAAGCCAGGCACUGUCGACGAACACCUUCGCGAUUUGAAUGCCUACGUGAAGGACGUUGCCGAGUGGCUGGCGUCUUACAUAUGCUCCGAAGGAGGCGUGUUUGAACAGUGGAACGUGGACCCGAAAGUUACCUCCCUUGUGGCGCGGCUGCACGAGGGGUCGUGGUUCUCGCACGGCUCGCUCGACACAGUUGCGCGGUCGCACAAGGGAGGGCGCCAGGGAUGCAUAUUCGGAGCUACGGUUUUCAACGCGGGAUACUCGGUCCCGAUCAAAAUGCUCCACGAGGAAAUGAGGCGCAAAGGCAUUACCUUACGCGUGAGAUCGGGGGAGAAGGCGUUCCGGGGCACUACCGAGGACGAAGGGGAGGAAGCCGCCACCGAGGAGGAAAUCAUCGACGCCACGUUCGUGGACGACGAAUGUAUCGCGUUAGUGGCUGCUUCCCCACAGCUCCUCGAUCGUGCUAUCCAGACGCUGCUAGAAGUAUUGUGCCGGCUGUUCCGCUUAUGCGCAAUGGUGAUAAAUUGGGCUCCGGGUAAGACGGAGUGCAUGCUCCGGCACGAGGACGGCGUGUACGUCAAAUCAGAUCACGAUGGCGCUAUCAAAUUGUCCAUUGUGUCGAAGUAUAAGCAUCUCGGAACAGUUGUCUCCAUCGCAGGCACCUGUAAACCCGAUGCUGAGAAGAGGGCAUCAGCAGCCAUGGACGCAUACGCGCCAGUUGCGAUCCGUGUAUUUGGUGCUCCGAACAUAUCCAUCGCUACAAAGAUGCACGCCGUUAAGGCACGCAUCUUGACAAAGCUGAUGUUCCAUGCACGCGUUGUCACGCCCGACGCACAUUUCGCGCGGACGUUGAACCAGGUGUACAUGAGGGUGCCACGGCGCAUUGUGGACAAGGUCCGGUUUGGGCCAGGGCAAGGACAAUGGCUGGACGUGAUAUGCGGCCAAGACCAGCGAUGGCACGAUAUCGUUGAUGCGAUUCAUUUUUCAGAGAGCAAGUGUGACAGCUGCGCCUCACCGGACGGGGUGCAGCUCAAUUUCGCUUGCGACAUGUGCCCCGGGCCCAAUCCACCAACAUUUGCAACCAGAUUAGGGCUCGUGCAACACAAGCGCGCCGUGCACAGCGUCAGGAACGAAGCGAGGAGGUACGUCUCGGCGGACGGCGUUUGCCCUGUGUGCCAUAAAGACUUCCGGCAGCGCUUCCGCUGCAUUCGUCACCUCUCGGGAUCCCCCCCCAGCGCAUGCACGGAGAUGCUACGCUCGGGGGCUGUAGAGCCUCUCCCCAACGACCUUGUGGAGUCCCUGGACAGCGCCGACAGGGCGCUGUGCCGGAAGGCAUAUAAGGAGGGGCAUGCCGCGCGCGGCGGCCAGGAGCGCAGGCCGCGCGGUGGCGCGCGGCCUGCGCUCAUCGCGGCCGGCGGAGGGCCGAUGGGCUUGGCGGAGUUCCUGGCGGGCCUGCCGGGCGCGCUGCCCCUGCUGCCGCAGGUGUUGGACAAGAUGCCCAUGGAGGAAUGCCGCAAACGACUCCACGCAGAGGGGGCAGCCACCGAGGGCAUGAGCGACGCCGAGGCCGGGCGCUAUCUUUGUGCGGCCUUGGGCCGGAAGUACUGCGCGCGGUUCCUCCCCGGCGUGCUGGUCGGUCUGUUUUUUUGGGCGUGCGCCAGCCACGUCCUCGACUCGGAUGGCGCGGCGCUCCCGGUGCUGCUCGCGACGCCCGCGCCGCUUAUCUUCCUGAUGGGCAGCCGCGCGCGGUGA